AGAGACUGAGUCCAGAUACCAUUUGUCUCAUAAACUUGCAGACAAAAGUGAAUUCAGUUCUAAACUGGGCAAAACGUGGGAUUGAAUGCUUUCUGAGUUUGUGCAGAAAUGGCCCUGGUGAAGAGUGGCUCGCUAUGGAGACAAAGCUCAAUUCUUCGGAGAUGGAAGAAGAAUUGGUUUGAUUUGUGGCUGGAUGGUACCCUUGUGUAUUAUGAAGAUGAAAAUCGUCGUCAAUUGGAAGACUGCAUCCAUGUAAAAGUAAACUGCAUAAAUAUAAAGAUAGGAUAUGAAUGCAUAGAGGGCUUGCCACCAGAACAGAGCAGUAGGGAAUGUAUGCUGAUGAUUUACCUAAGAGAUGGUUCAAAACUGGCACUUAGUGCAGACAGUGCUGAUGAUGCAUUGCCACAAGAGGGCUUGCCACCAGAACAGAGCAGUAGGGAAUGUAUGCUGAUGAUUUACCUAAGAGAUGGUUCAAAACUGGCACUUAGUGCAGACAGUGCUGAUGAUGCAUUGGCAUGGAAACUGGCAUUCCUGGAAACCAAAUGCAACCUGGUAACACAGUAUAAUCCUGAUAAUCAUUAUCAGGCUGUUACUCCAAAUGCUUUUAACACCAUCUACAUCAACCCAAGGAACUGCAGCCAUCCAUAUUUAGGGCCAGGGACAAGCCAAGUUUGGGUUCAUCAGAAUCCAUGUUGCAGCACAGGUGGACAAAUUGCACUGGGGAUGUUUGCUGGGGCUGUCACAGGCACUUUGCUGAGGUCACUGAUGUGGUCCCCAUGUUGGCUCUAAAAUAAUGUUGCUGUGAAGGCAGUAACCCUCCCAUUGCUACAUUUACUUAAGCUUUACAAUGGCGUUGCUGUGUAAGCUUCUACUUACUACUUAGAAGAAUGACAUAGACCAUCAGUAUAAUUAGUCGUGAAAUAGUUAUCGUAGACUUUGGUUUCAAGUAAGCUUGAGUGAAUAACCAAAGAUUUAAUGCACAGAAUGAGUAUUAUCUUUGGAAUUAUACCAAAAGAUACUACACUUAAACAUAAUGUAUUAGUGCAGCAUUGUUGCAAAAAAUUGUGAAAGCUAAAGCGUACUCUUUAUACACAAAAGUAAUUUCUUCUGUUAAGAUGUAAGUUGCAGUUUCUGCUUCAAAGUAUGAUGAUCUGUGAUUGUUUGGUGUAGAUGCAUACAAUGUUUUACCAACCCAUUUCCCUAAUUACUCCCCCCCCCCCUCACCACCAAACCUCCUCAACAAACAAAUCCAAAUUUCUUGAUUCCUGAAGGCUAUGGAACAACUUUGGCUGAGAGAGUCAAAUGAUUUUUCUACUGGCUGCCUCUGUUGCUAAGCAACUGACCUCUGCUUAGAAAUUCUUCACAUCGGGAUGGCAAUGAUGGGCAGCACAGCAUGUUAGCAGCUACAGACAUAAAUGCAUGUACUAUCAGCCCUCAAUACAGUCGGUUGCAAUUUCAGUGUUAUUGCACACUGAGUCCCUGUAGGAGGGUGUCCAAGGCUGUGCUUGAAGAUACAACAAUAAAACAUUUUGUCAUUUGAUAGACAAAAAAAGUAGAUUGAAGCAGCUCAGAUGUAAAGUAUGUUUCAACCAGUGUGAAUGCAAACUUUGUUACACAAGUAGUCAUUUAACCUAUUUGGAUUUUGUCUGAUUACAGUAAAUCAAAUUUAAUGUUAGCUUUGUCUAUUCCUUAAAAUAAAAUGUCAACAGCACUAACCAUU